UGGUUUCUUAUUUUAAUAGGAACUAAAACAAACUUUAGUGAGUUGUAGGGAAUAUCAGUGGCACCAACAUGUUGAUGUCGAAAUCAGUUGAAAUCAACCACUCAAACAAAAGUUUUGAUAUAAACAAACUGUGAUCGAAUGGGCGUUGCCGUACGCUCUGAUACCGAUUAUUUAUCUGAUUACAGGAGAGAUAAGCCCUCGUGUACUUUCGCGACAUUGUACUACUUUGAAAUUAGGGCUUCUCUGAUAAAAAGUCAUACAUAAACCUAUACACGCUACUGUGUUAUGCCAAACUUUGUUUUUGUAUUUCCUCGCAUAUCUUCUUCGUCACAGUAAAUAACAUCCAAUUAAUAAAAUUCGCGGUCAAUUAACGUCUUAAUAUAAGUGUUUUCAUUCAUGACAACUAUUCAUAUUGCAGUCAAACUGCUAAGAUUCGUGUUCAGCGAAUUAUGGUGACUCAUCCGGAAACUUGAUUAAACUUAGUUUUUAAUGUGUUCUGUGAUGUGAAAAUGUUCAAAAAGUAUUUAUUAACGCUGUUCCUGUGUGUUAGUGUAAAGUGUCAGUCAAAUAAGGACCUAUACAAUGGGCAAUUCAACAAUGAGUUUUAUAGUUCGCGAGAACAGACUUCUAAGUCCACAAGAUUACCUAGUCCAGGUGAUAGUGACUACAGGACGUAUGUCUACAACAGUAGGAGAUACGGAACAGACCCUACAAGAUAUAACCCUUACAACCCUAAUAUAAACCAACCGGGAGGUUUCCCUUACAAUCCAAUAAGCACAAACCCUUUGGAUGACCAAUUCAAGUUUAAUUUUAAUCGAGACCCAAAUAACCCUGAUGCAUUAUUCCCUGGUGUUCUUGGAGGCUGGAGAGAAGACCUACAGGGUAGAGAGCGGCGGGAUUCCAGGCAGUUGAAACGAGAUGUCUUUGUAACCACCAACUAUGGACAAGUACAAGGGUUUAAGGUAUAUUUAUAUGAUAACCCUGACCCGGACUCUGGGUACCGACCAUGGCUAUCCCCAGUAGAGAGGAUACAGGGAGAAGUUUCAGUGUUCCUGGGUAUUCCAUAUGCUCGCCCACCUGUGCUUGAGGGGAGAUUUAAGCCACCCCGCCAGCACCCUGGCUGGCAGCUCAUGCAGGCGGUGGACUGGGGCCCGGCGUGUCCUCAGCCUGUGCGCUUUACAGGUGCCACUAAAGGAAUCAGAGAUAUGGAUGAAGACUGCCUCUACUUGAAUAUAUUUUCACCUAAUACGGAAGCCGGCUCCACUGCCCAGCGCUACCCCGUAAUGGUGUACAUCCACGGCGGCCAGUUCUCGUCCGGGGCAUCGAACCUGUUCCCCGGCCACAUGCUGGCUGCCUUCUAUAACGUCAUUGUUGUGUCCAUCAACUACAGGCUUGGCGCUCUCGGUUUCCUGUCCACCGGCGACGAGAACUCUCCCGGUAACUACGGCAUCCUGGACCAGGCGAUGGCCCUCCGCUGGGUGUACGACAACAUCACCCCGUUCAACGGCGACCGCUCGUCCAUCACGCUGUUCGGGCCCGGCGCCGGCGCGGCCUCCGCUGGGUUGCUGGCGGUGGCGCCGCAGACUAGGGAUCUCGUUACUAGGAUUAUUGCUCAGAGUGGCUCAGCUUUAGCAGACUGGGCGCUAAUUGAAGAUAAGUUCAGGGUACAGAACACGUCGCUUGUGUUCGGGCGGCUGCUCGGCUGUCCGAUAGACUCCUCGUGGAAGCUCGUCAACUGUCUGAGGCAGGGACGGAGCUUCUACGAGCUAGGGAAUGCUGAGUUUCAGCCGCAAGUAGGCUUCAUCCCAUGGGGCCCGGUGCUAGAGAACAACUUCACGUUCCCCGGUGACGAGUGGUACGAUGGCUGGCGCGAACGCGACUGGCACUUCCUCAACGAGAAGCCCGAGGACCUCAUACUGAGGAGGAGGUUCAACCCCUCGCUCAGGUACAUGACCGGGGUCACCACGCAGGAAGCGGCUUAUGUACUGUACACAAACGACUCGCUAGCCCCCAACUACGAGAUAUCAGAGUCGUGGUUCAACCAGAAGCUGCAGGAGUUGGUCCUGCGCUACAACUACACGCUGAACCCGCGCGGCGUGUUCGAGGCCGUGCGGUACAUGUACACGUACCACCCCGAGCCACACAACGUGAGCGCCAUCAGGGACCAGUAUAUACAUCUACUCUCCGACUUCCUAUACCGAGCGCCAACGGACAAAAUGGUAAAACUUCUCCUAGAACAAAACGUCCCUGUCUACAUGUACGUGAUGAACACCACAGUAGAAGCCUUCCAGUGGCCGGAGUGGCGCCGGUACUCACACGAUACUGAACAUUACUUCCUGACCGGGGCUCCCUUCAUGGACCAAGAGUUCUUCCCGGUCAAGCAGAGGAUCGAGAAUAAGAUGUGGACGAAUAAUGACAGGAAUAUGAGCCAUUUCUUUAUGAAGACGUAUGCUGAUUUCGCGCGGUUUGGCAACCCGACCCGCUCCCGCGUGCUGGGCGUCCACUUCGAGAAGGCGCAGGCGGGACAGCUGCGCUACCUCAACCUGAACACCACCUUCAACUCCACCAUACAGCUCAACUAUAGGCAGACGGAACUCGCCUUCUGGACCAUGUACCUACCCACUGUCAUUGGAAGACUUGUGCCUACGUAUCCGCCUAUCACUGAGUACUGGUGGGAGCCCAAGCAGCCGCUGCAGAUCGCGUUCUGGUCGGUGUCGAGCGCCUGCCUCGUGCUCAUCGUGCUGCUGGUCGUCUGCUGCAUGCUGUGGAGGAACGCCAAGAGGGCUAGACCACCCAAAUGGAAAAUGAUUCCGGCGAUAGAAACAGACCGCUUCUACGACGGCGACAUAUUUAUGGUUCCUGAAGUAGAAGAGAGUGGCAUAGACAACUCGACGCGGUCCAGAGACAAUAUCUACGAGUAUAGAGAUGUGCCAAUCAAAAAGCCCGUCACACCACAACCUCUGAGCAGAGCUCGCUCUCAGCCGCAGAACCUGCAGUCGUCCCGGGCGCCGUCCGAGGCGUCCACAGGCUCCGCGCUGUCCCUGCGGGAGGGCUCCGUGUCACGAGUGCCCGCGCCCCUCCCGCGCGCGCGCUCCCGCACGCAGCUAGUGCACGGGGUUCCGCAGACCACUGUCUAGCUAGCAAGCACUUGUGAAGCAUUCCAAAUGAGAAACUAGAGCUUGGAUUGAAAGCCUCUUUUGUAAGUCGAUUAAAUUGAUUUGUUGCCGGUUGGGCAAGUAAACUGUACAUCGUUUUGUUUACCUGGAAUAUAACCUUGUAUAGAUGGACAAACCCGUGUUAGGUGGGGAUGGGCAUUGUUUGAUACACUUAUGUAGUAAAAACUUAGAUCGAAAUGAAACAAUUGCGAUCGUUUCGUCUUCUUAUAUUACAUUAUCUAGUAAUAAGACAAUAAUAUUUUAAGACGGUGGCUCUUUCUAUCUUUCUAAUCCGAACGAUCAGAUAAGUCGGUUUUCUCGACGAGAUUCCGUUUCGGUCAUCAGUGACCUUCGUAGUAACCGUAUCGGUCAUUGAUGACCAAUGAAUCAUUAUAGGAAAUAUAUCUUUUCUGAUGGUCCAUCUAUCGGGUUAAGUGCAUGUAAAAUAUUGUGCAUACAAAAAUACUUAGUUUGUUAGUAAUGUAGUUGAUAUUCCUGACCACCGCUUGAACUUAUGUUCAAGAUUAUACACGUGUAUAGAUUUAAGGCAGCUUUAACUUUUUAAAUCACUUUAAAUGAAAUUAUUUAUAUGCACUUUUACUUUUUUUUAUACAAAUGUAUUAAUUUUAGCGGUUGAAGCAAAAAGCAGUAUAGUGCAAUACCACACUUGUAAAUUUGAAAUCGUGAAAAACGUAUUUUUAAGAUGUUAUUUUGAAAGGCCCUAACUUGAAACCUUGGACCUAUAUUACGGAUUUAUUGAAAAUACUGCCUCUAAGGAGUGAAAACAGUUAAGGGUUGUAUAGAUAUUUGUGAAGCCAUGUUAAAAGUACAGGAAAAAUAUAAAUGAAAUGUGUUCUUCCUCCGUAAAAUGUUGGUUUAACAUCGUAACUUAUUGACCCGCCAUUUAAAGCCUAAUUAUAAUAAUCAAUUGCUUCUUAUUAAUUUCAGCUGUAUUAAGAUAUGCCAUCACUACAUAUUUAGACUGAAGUAGUAUUAAUUAGUGUUCCUUUAUGUCUUUUUUCAUCAUAAAAGCCAUGAAAUUGAGAGAAUUCAUUGCAUUAUAUUUCUGUGUUCUGUGGUGUUCUUUCUUUUGGAGAAGUUUGGUGUAACAGUUAGGUUAUUUUUAAUUAUAAUUCAACGAAAAAUUCGUUAUCAAAAUUUGAUCAAAUAUGUGGGUAGUUUUAUACCCAACGUAACGUUACCUACAAGGUAUAUUUCUUUGUAUUCGAAAUUAUUGUUUAUUAUAAAAUAAAAAAGUUGAUACUGCAUUACAAUAUGAAUAGCAAGAAAUUAUGGUCCCCAAUAAUUUUGUAUUGUGUUUUGCCAAUAAAACAGCAAAAAUCGACGUCCUUACUCGAAUAAAACAAAUAAUGUAUUAGGGUACCUUAUUAUUAUGGAAGUAUCCAAUACCCAAACAAAACGGGGUAUUAGUUUUCCAACAAUGAAUAGAGCUGUUGAUAAAAUAUAUUUAUACUAUAAAAGUGUUUAUCCUGGUUAUAAACUAUCUGUAUACCAAGUUACGGUAUCCUUUCAGCUGUGUCGGCGUAAGGGCCACUGUCACCCCGGGCGAAAAGAUUGUGGCGCCCACUUGAGGGAGGCAAUAUCAAGUGUUAGUUUUAUGCUUAUCCCAAGUAAAAUAAUAUUAAGCCACCAAUCGUAAGCGUAAACAUCGUGUGGUCGAGGACUGUCUCUAACGAUAUCCUUAGAGUCGCUCUUCGACUACAAAGCCUCAAAAAAUCCAUCUAAAAAAAAGUCUCAAUAAAAAAUAUGCAUAGGCACAGAGCGAAGAGCACAGUUCUGAGGGUUUGUACCAGGAGAGGCAAGAGACUCCAACUUCAGAUCUUGGCACCCCCCAGAAUGUGUCGCCCUGGGCCAUCGCCCCAUCACGCACCCCCUAACGGCGGCGCUGCCUUUCAAUAGUUUUAGCGUGAAACAGGAACAAACAUCCAUACGUCAAUACAUACAAACUUCCUCGUUUAUAACAUUAGUAGGAAGGAGGAUACUCAAACAUUGUUUUCCAUACUUUUAUUAGAAUAGCCUAGAAAUGACCAUGACGUUCAGAAUCACAGUAAUGGCACGCAAUACGUACACACAUAAUUAUAUAACACACUUUUUUUGUGUUCACAGCCAGUAUUGCAGUAUCACUUUAAAAAUACGUAGUUAUUAAGUGAAUGUUGUUGUGAUCGUCCCGUCCGUCCAUAUUGUGCAAUUUGUCCACAUGUGCCUUUGUUUUAGAGUUUUGAUACAAAUUAUAUUUAUUGUAGUGUAGUGUAUUUACGGCACUAAACGAAUAAUGCUGUGUUUAAUGAAAUAAAAUAUCUCUUAAUAUGAA